UCUAUUCGGCAUGGGGUUGAUGAGUACUAACUCUGACCUUGAACUUGUGGAUAUAUUCUAUUCUAGACCAUGCAACACGCGUUGUUAUCUUCCAUGUGUGUUAUUUUUAUUAGACAAAUCCGAUUACAUGUGUUGAAAAAGUGACGUUAUUUCCUAAUGUGGUUUCCGGAGAUUACGUAUGUGUGUUCUACGUCACAUGAUAAAAACACGAGGUAGAUAGACCCACACGAGGGAACACACUAUGCAGGGGUCAAGGACUCGGCCCGUGUCCACGGCCGCCACCUCCCCCACCCUGUGUGAGAAACAUGGCGGUCUGUCUUGCCUGGAUAACGGCGGGCCGGCCCACAACAAGCACCUGGUGGUCAGUCUGGAGGAGCUGGACAAACUGUCCCGGCAUUCCCUCAACUGGGAGGAGUUUUUUGGGUCAUCUCUGGACCUCGCGCCGUCCCUCCUCAACAUCUAUGAUGACAUCGCUUCCUCUGGAACCAGAAUGGACGGCACUGACGACCUUGAUGGCAGCCUAACCCAGAACAAGGUCACCAAAACACAGUCGUUACCCGCCAGAGCAUCGCGACCUUUCAGCGGUCAAGGUCAUGUGGAGUUGAUGUCCACGAUCAGCGAACCGUACGAGGGGUCAGUGUCAAUGAUGGAAGCAGAGACUGCCACAGCAGAAGAUCAGCAGACGGACAAUAAGAAAAGGCCGUUGAGCAUCAGCUCCAUGUCGUCUGCGUCUACGUCAUCACUGCCGCGGUUGAGAAAAAAGCGGGCGAACCAGAGAGGGCGAGUCCUUGAGGAAGGGGAGUCGAAAAACGCGGAGAUUGUGGAGAUGUCUGCCAGACUGGCGUCAGACAUGACGCAGACUUCAGCCGAGUCAAGGAACAGCGUGGACAGCGGGUGCGUCGUUGGGGAUCGACACGGGGAUAAAAAUUUUGACAAUAUGAGCAUUACGUCAUCGGAAACCGGGAGUAUAAGAGACGAGGUGGACUACCAGCGGGACUCUUCCUCGGCACUCUCAUCGUCUCCCAUGACGGAAACUUCUGGAAAAUUAUCUCAUGGUUCGCCUAAACACGGUGACUCGUACCCGAGUUCUCCCCACACAUCAUCGUCUAACUCUCCUUCUAAAACAGCAGGAUCGAAACACGCCGUGGACUCGCCCGCUACAGGUGAGACAAAACAAAAAACAUGGACGCCAAAAAAUAAAAAAUCCAACUCUUUUUCUCAAGAUAACGGAAGAAAAUCUACAAGCAAUAACUCCGUGGAGCCAAGACUCCGACGAGAGAACCAUCAACCUGUACAUUUAUCAUCCUCGUUAUCAAAUUCUUCUUCAGCCUCUUCCGUUUCCCAGAGUUCCGCAGCAGGAGUUCCAGAGAGCACCCGGCGAUCUCUCAGCACGUCCCAACGCCAUGAAGCGCGGCAACGAUUUUUCUCAAACUACGAGGAACACAUCGGCUUAUCCUCGCCCACAUCCCCGACCCACGCCGACCCCUUCACGACCCACCGCGCGGACCAAUCCCAGUCCAAGUCUCAUUUCGACCAAACAUCCUCCCACCAAACAUCUCCACACCAAACAACAGCAGCACUUCCUACAGAAUCAUCACACAGACCCACAUCAGGGAACACCCGCCGGAGGGACCGAGAAAACUCCUCCCAGAGCAGCCAAAACUCGGACAAAUCUUCCCGUCAUCCGGACCGCAAGACAAAACCCAGCGGCGACAACCCAGCAUCCGGCAAGUCCGGCUUCUCCAAGUCGAUGAAGAAGAAGGACACGCCCCUGGAGUCGAGCAGCCGUUCGAGUCCGGUCUACGUGAGUUACGUGCAGCGGGUGGUAACGGAGAUCCUGGAAUCUGAGAGGACUUACAUCAGCAGCCUCGUGGACAUCAUCAAGGGCUACCUUGAGCCGCUAGAGAGCAUCCUUGUGUCACGUGAGGAACGUGAGGACAUCGACUGUCUGUUCGGGAACAUCCGGGAGAUCUACACAUUCGGCUGCAAAUUUUUGGAGGACCUUGAACUCACAGACGCUGACCCCGUCAAGGUCGCCCAGUGCUUCGUUAAACACAACAAAGGCUUCGUCAUCUACGCAGACUACUGCACUAAUUACCCAAGGGCUGUAGAAGUAUUGACCCGUUUCAUGCAGCACCACGAACUGAGCGAGCUAUGCAAGGAGCGCCAGAUGGCCCUGGGGCACGGCCUGCCCCUGGGGGCCUACCUGCUCAGGCCCGUACAGAGGAUCCUCAAGUACCACCUGCUUCUACAGAAUAUCGUGAAGAACUACGAGAAAGAUGGCAAGGAAGUUGGGAUCUUGGAGCAGGCGUUCCACCACAUGACCGAGAUGGCGCACCACAUCAAUGAGAUGAAGAGGAAGCACGAGCAUGCUGUGAGGAUUCAGGAGAUUCAGAGCCAGUUGGAGGAUUAUGUGGGGGAGGAUCUGACACGCCUGGGGGAGCUUGUCCUGGAGAGCUCAUUCCGUGUGUAUGGUGCUAAGGCAUCCAGGCAGGUGUUUCUGUUUGAGAGAGGACUUUUGAUUAGCAAAAAGAAAGAUGGGGGCAUGUUGAGCUGCAAGACAUUCAUCAUGUGCUCUGAUCUAAUGCUGGUGGAGGUCAUCCCUAAUGAGCCGUUAAGUUUUCACGUCAUUCCGUUUGACAACCCACGGGCCCAGUACACCUUACAGGCAAGAAACAUGGAGCAGAAGAGGCGCUGGUGCCAGGAGAUUAAGAGGCUGAUUCUGGAGAGUUUCAAGGGGAGGAUACCAGACAACGUCAAGAACCUGGUUAUGCAGCUUGGCUCCAACCAUGAUGAUGAUUAUGUCACCAAAGAAGCUUUAGAGGCUGUGAGGAAAAACCAACACACAGCUCCAGAGUAUCUAGAGAAGAGAAGGUUUAGAAGGAAAUCUGGGUCACGUUUGCCAGAUUUCAGCUUGCUAAAACCACAAAAUAGGAAGAAAGCUGCCAAUAAGAAGAUUGAUUCCAAGCAAGGUAACAAAACAGCACAAGACGUGGGACGCCGCUCUGAAAGCAAGUCUCCUGAUGCUCACAGAAGACUAUUGGUUCCUCAGAACGCCAUCAGACGACGCAGCCAGAGCCAGACAGCCAUCAGCCUCCCCACCCCCACAGUUCUGGAUCCACUGAACAAAAGCCUCAACAGCGCCAUCACCCACCUCACCUCUCCAGUGUUCGACAUGUUCACCGCAGCUGUCGGGUCGCCGCAGUCUCCGGAACUCAGCUCCCCAGACAGCCCGACCCCCAGGAAAACAGCCGAGGACAACAGCAUUGAACUCAGGAACAAAGAGAAGGAAGCCGACCUCGUGAAGAGAGCCCAUAGCUUCAGAAAUGCUGUCCGGGCUCACCCGGUUAUCUCAGCAGACUUUACUGAGAUAAUGAUGAGGUGUGGCAAGCUACAUGGAGCUGUCAGCAAGUCUGAGAAAGUAGAAGAAAAGUUACAGCCUGAAGAUCCUUUAGAUCUUCUUGCGCAUAACUUAAAAAACAUUGACGAUUCUGACGAUGAUCUUGAUGGUAAACUUAAAAAUAAGGAUAAGAAAGUCCUGCCAGUUAAAAAUGACGUGGAUGGUAUUGAAACAUACGAAAUUCAGCCUUUUGCCAAUACAGCUGAUUCUCUUAAGAGUUCAACUCCAAAGCAUGAACCUGUUAAAAAAGAAAGCGACCCUAGAGUCACUGAAAACACAAGCGCCACUCCAUUUAAAGCAAUCAGCCUACCCAAUCUGAACUACAGACAUGAAGUUGAAGAGAAUUCUGAAGUUGGGGAGGAAUCACAGAAAGAAAUGAAUGGGGUAGCUGGUUCAAGAAGCAGUGAAGUCCUUAAUGAUAAAGUCUCUCCUCAGAAAGGUCAAGGCCGGUUAAGCAGAAAAGAUUUAGUUAGCGGAAGGAAUUUAAGGAGAAGAGGCAAAGGCCAUGAAGAGGAGACUGAGGAAUCAAGUUCUAGAAAAGUUACAGCCUUCCACGAUUCCUACAGCAAGAAGGUGUCAGAGAAGGCACUUUUGAGAAACAAAGGACUGCGUCUGCCUAACACUUCAAAGCAUUUGUCGACCCCUGAGGUUCAGUUGAAACGAAACAGUGCAAGGUUAACAGAUUGGAACAGCGUUGAGAAACUGACAGACGGGUCAACGAAUGACCUGUCCUAUCUUAACGAGGACCCGUGGAUUAAAAACACGGAUGUAUCCAACUCCAGCUUGGACACACCCAACAGGUCAAAUUCUUUCUCCAUCAGCCCAUUGGCUGCCAACACUUCACGCCAGACCGCUCGGCCUAGAGGUCACUCUGACCUCACCGAAAUGUUCCAGGUCUCGGUAAAUAAAGAAAAUUUCGAUUGGAUGGUGUAUCUUAACAGAAACUCUUUCCCCCCUCGCAUGGACUCGUCACCAUCGCCUAUUAAAAUACAACCAAAGUCAGCAUUUUUAAAGGAAAUGCUUAACAAAGACGUAGAGGAUCGGAAAUCAAUAUCCAACCAGGUUCCAUACGCCACGCCCCCUAGAUCAUUCAUGACAGUAGAAAAUAUGAAAAGACACAGCUCUGAUGCUGAGAGUCGCUUAGGUUCGUCUUUCUUCAGAAAUAAAACCCCCGCACUGAAUGGAAGUAUGCCAUCGGGGGUCAGUGCAUUUGGGGGUCCACCCCUAGCUGUGACUUUGACCAAACCCGCUGCGUUUCACACUCACAGCCUAACACGUUCAAACAGCACGCCUGUCGCCAUGACAGGGUCUAAUCCGCAUGCGUAUUCACACAACAGCAGACCCUCCUCCAUGGAUGUGGAUAAGCUGAAAGAUGAAAGUAACAGAAUGGUGGCGGAGAUGGAGGAUUACAUCAGCAAAUCUUCUGAAAGUGUGAAAAGCCCAAACAAAUUCCCAACAUCUUUACCUGUUAUAACUGUUGAAGAAGAGGAAGCUAACAUAAAAAGACUGUCAGUUGUGUCGUCACUGUCAACGUCAUCUUACGACAGCCAGGACAGUAGUUCCAGCGACGGCAUGGUCGGCACUUUAAAACACAAGCUCAACGCAUGGGCUCAUCAGUCUGGGAUAAGACGGGACAGCGACUACAGCCACACCUCAGUACAGACUUCUGAUGAAGAGGAAGAAGACGAGGAAGAAGAAGAGGAUGAAGCACCUGCAGCAAAAUCUGUAGAGAGUUUCCAUUCAUCAUCUAAAGAUGCGAGCUCAUGGAAAGAAGAAAGGGACUUGGAAACUGUUUUAAGAGAACACGCACUAGGAUCUUCAUCUUUAGGGUCCCGUAUGGCUAAUUCACUACCACCACCACCCAAAUCUCCACAAAGUUCAGAGCCCACAACUCACGACAACCGCCCAAACAGCACUUGUGAUGUCAAAACUUUGGAACCAGCAACAUCAGUGGGUAACCAUGGUGAUGCUGCAGUAGAACCAACAAGGUUUUCACUGCCUGUAAGAACGGAAGAUGUUGAAGCCAUGAUGCUACCUGCCCUGAAACAUUGCGAGAUCGAGCAAUCUGACUCUGGUUUUUCUCUUCACAGUCACGACUCAAGUGCUAGUGACUCUACCCCUAACAAUGUUGACAGCGACCUUUACGUCAGUGAGGCGACCCCUGAACCUCAUCAGAACAAUGACGAUCCAGUCCUGGAAUUUUCAGAACCUUCUUCCAAAGAAGCAACUCCAAAAGUCAAACCUAAACUUGAUAAAACCAGAUCAAGAGACGAAACCGACAGUUUAAAACGGCAUGGUUCGUGGGAGUCUGUUGAUUCUACUGACAGUUUCUAUGAGCGGAGAUUAUCAGUUGCAUUUGAUUCUGUUUUUCAAGAUAAUCCUGUUAUUGUUGACGUGUACGAGGAUCCGCUACCUGUCAGUCAAGUGGAGUCUCCAGUUCCACGAAAAUCUAUACGGGAAUACGUCCAGCACAUCGAACAAAAAUUUAAGCCACAGGCACCAAAAGUGUUGGAGGUGAAACGUAGAGAACCUGGUGCCAUGAUACGUCAGAGGCUAGAAACUUUACGGGAAAAUGUCCUAUACGGCCGACGCAGUUCUAGCCGACAGGCCAGCGAAGAGCGUGAAAUCGGGUCAAGAGCCAAGUCCCAACCCCCUUCACAACAUCGCAACAAGCUGGCUUUUACCCUGGCAACUGACAACAGAUGCAAUGAUGACAUUAAAGUCUACGGCUUAAGGACCUCAAGUUCUCGUGAUAGUUUAUCUAAGUCAAUGGAUAACUUAUCCAGAUCCAGAGAUUUUCUCGCUAGGUCAAGCGACUCGUUGUCUAAAUCUAGAGAAAGUCUUCUCCUCAGGACAAAAUCCAGAGAAAAUGUUUUCCUGUCUAAAUCUAGGGACAGUUUAAACAUGGAUUAUUCCAAAAGACAUUUUUCUCCAACGAGCAACAACCCAGGUCAUGAGAAAGAUGCCAGCAGGUUCAUCUACAUGAACGCAGAAAGCUCCGGCAACCAAUUCAUCCACAGGGCGCGCAGCAACUCCGAUCAACCAGAAUCUGACUUAUCUGGCACCUUUGAAAACGCCACGCUGCAACCCUCAAAGUCAAUGUGUAGACUGGAUAGUGAGAGUAGUGAAGUGGACAACUUAGUCAUUAUGAAAGGUUGGGUUAGAUCUCUUAUUUCAAAAUUUCAAGAGAAGAAUUAAUUUCAACUUUCUUUUAACGGAAAUUUUAGUUCCUACUACAGAUAUCUACCUAUUACUGGACAACAUUCCGCAGCUACAUUACAGGUACUCUAUCUUUUGUAAUCCCUGGUUUACACCAUGGCAGUAGUUACUUAAUUUCCCAAAUGAAAUUCCAAAACAAUUUAUUCUUCUCAUCACAGCACCAGGUAAUAUUUGACUAGUAAUUAUUGUGAUAAUACAACUGCAUCUGAUUUGUUUUUUCUCUAAUUUUUAAAAUGCAUUUUUAAUUAAUAUUGUGUUCAUUUUAUAUUUUGCAAAUAAUCUUUGUUCCAUGUUAAUGUUUUUUAAACUAAGGAAACUAAUAGCAUCUUAAUACUGUUCAUUGUUUUACUCAGUAAUCUACACUGGUAACCCUUCACACUGAUAGACAGCCAUUUUGAAGCUAGGCAUCCCUCAAAAAAGAAAUAUUAAAAAUUAAAACUUUAAUCACUUUUUAAAAAGUAGACCUACAUUUUCUAGACACAGAGUUAUACAUGUAAUGUUUUGCAGUUGUUUCUGAUAUCCUUACUAGUUUUUUUUAGAAUGAUAAAUCAAUUAUACAACUGCAAAUUUUAAAUAUUGAUCUAAUUAAGACCAUAAUAGUCAAUGUAACUUGGACAUUCUUGAUUAUAUUCAGUCAUUUUUUAUCAAUUUUUUUUGGGACCAACUCCUGUUCAUGUGCGAUGUAAGACAAGUUUUUAAAAUGUAAAAAACUAUGAUCAGGGGUGGAGGAAAUUGUUCAUAUUUUUCUAAUUUUGUACAUCAUGUAAAUUGUUUUCAUUAAAAUUGUACAGUUGUUUUUAAUACUUAUCACAGAAUUGCAAUUUUUUUCUAAUUUAUUCUCCCCAAAGUGCAGUUUGAAUACGAUAAACCAAAUACGGUCAUAAAUGCAAUCCUAAAUAUUGUGCCAUCCUUUAGAAAUUUUUAAAAAUUAAGAGGGGAACUAAAUUUGACACCAACUUAUGUAGGUUAUUUACUCUGUUCUCUGUAUUUUGAUAAUAAAAUGUACAAUAUCAA